AUGAGUAACACGAGUCUCCCACCUCUGACAAUUACCACCCCUGAACCGGCAGAAGAUAGCGCUGUGAGCAAUAACUAUUUUACAGCCAUUGGUACCCUCAUCCUCAGCUUGGUCUUCCUCCUGGGUGUCCCUGGAAAUCUCUUCAUUGUCUGGAGCAUCCUGGCCCGCUGCCGACAACGCUCAGUCACCACCCUCCUCAUCCUCAACUUGGCAUGUGCUGAUGGGUUCCUCAUGGCUCUCACCAUCUUUUUCAUCAUCUACCUGGCUAUGCAGUCGUGGGUCUUUGGUGACGCCAUGUGCAAAAUUGUGUUCUACCUGUGCAACUCCAACAUGUAUGCGUCAAUCUUUCUGAUAACCCUGAUGAGCGUGAACAGGCUGUUGGCCAUAGUCUUUCCACACACACUGUAUCACCUGAUCACCAGGAAGGUUGUGAGGAGGGUGAUCCUAGGCACAUGGAUGUUCGUGAUGGUCAUUUCCAUUCCCUCAUUGGUGUUUCGAGCCGUAAGAAAAGAAACUGCUCAAAACAAAACAAAACUUGUGUGUGCACCCAUUCACACACUGCCUGAACAUGAGCGGUUUCACUACACCACUGAGACAGUGGCAGGAUUCAUUAUUCCUUAUGCAAUCAUUAUAACCAGCUACGUUCUCAUCCUGAAACGCCUGAGGGAGACCAAGUUCCAACGAAAUGUCCGCAGCGAGAAACUUAUCCUGGCUAUCGUCAUAAUGUUUGGCCUGUUCUGGUUGCCGUACCACGUCAUCAACAUGAUACAGGUGGCAGCUGCGUGGUACCCAAAAACCUCAGAAAAAGGACAUCGAUUGCAUGGUAUGGCUGAGUCAACCCGAGCAGUGACCUCAACUUUGGCCUUCAUCAGCAGCUGUGCUAACCCGGUCCUCUACACCUUUGCCGGGAAAUCCUAUAUCAAGAAUAAUGGCUUUGCCUUUAUGGCUAAGCUGUUUGAGGGAACAUCAUCGGAGCAAACAGGAACCAAAAGCACCCAGUUCACAACAAACGACGAUCUGGGAAAGAAUAACGCCGAGGAUGACGCCAGCUCUGCUCUGGAUACAUCAGCGACUGCCGGUCCUCCGCCUCCUGCUGCAGCUAAGUUUGCUGUGGUGCUAAAGCUGCCGGACUUUUGGCUCCAUGAUCCCGCGUCAUGGUUCGUGCACGUGGAGGCUCAGUUCACCCUUCGCGGCAUCUCAGCUGACGACACGUAG